AUGAUAAUGAGAACACAUGAGAGAAACUGGUGGUGGGUUAAGGAGAAGAAGCAGAUGGCUUUGGUGUUGUUCAUGAUAGUAACAUUGAUGCUUCAACUCCAGAUGAAAGGAUGUGUAGGUUGUCUGGAAACUGAGCGGAUGGGUCUGUUGCAACUCAAGUCCUAUCUCAAGAAUGGUUUUGAAGUAGAAGAAGAAAGCAUGAUGAAAUCAUGGAGUCAUGAUGAUCCUAGCAGUGAUUGCUGCCACUGGGAAAGGGUAAAGUGUAGUGACGCUACCGGUGGCCACGUAGUCCACCUCUCGCUUAAUGGACUCAUACCCAACAAUGAGUUAGAAAACCAGUCUCUUAAUCUGUCUUUGCUCCAUAGCUUCCCUCGACUCCAAAGUCUUGACCUUUCAUACAAUAAGUUCAGUGACUUGUUUGUUCCCAUCAAUGGUGCACUGAUUCCUUCAUCUUUACACGUACUGGAUCUUGCAAACAAUCAAUUAUCAUCGACCCCAAAAGGCUACUUAGAGAUUUGCGCAUUACUGAAUCUUCAAGAGCUGGAUUUAAGCUCCAAUGCUUUGACAAAUACUCCUAAUUGUCUGGCUAACUUAACCCGUCUUCGAACUCUUGAUCUAUCCGAAAACCAAAUGAGUGGAGACUUGUCUUCCUUUGUAUCUGCUCUACCAUCAACACUUGAGUACUUGUCCCUUUUUGAGAAUAACUUCAACGGGUCGUUCUCGUUCAGUUCACUGGCCAAUCACACAAGACUCACAGUAUUCAAGCUAUCAUCGAAACUUGGUACGAUCCAAGCUCAGGGUGAAAGCUCCUGGCUUCCACCGUUUCAGUUGAAGAUACUAAAGCUAAAUAAACUCAAUACUGGCAGCGCAAUCCCUAGCUUUCUUGCUCAUCAACAUGACUUACGCUCCAUUCAUAUUACUUAUAGCCAGUUGAAAGGAGCAUUUCCGGGCUGGCUUGUGCAGAAUAAUACAAGGCUGGAGGAUAUUAGAUUAAACAACAAUUUGUUGUCAGAGUUUCGACUACCUUCAGGGCUUGUUCAUGGCGGGCUACAAGCUCUUGAUAUCUCGAGUAACAGGAUAUAUCAUCAUUCACUUCCAGAAGACAUUGGGAUUGUUUUUCCACAUCUCAAGUUUAUGAACUUUUCUUCAAAUCAUAAUCGUGGAACCAUUCCAUCUUCUAUGGGCGAGAUGAAAAGUCUACAACACUUGGACAUGUCCUCUAACCGUCUAUAUGGGCAGCUACCCAAAACGUUUUUACGUGGCUGCUACUCGCUACUGAUCCUGAGGCUCUCCAAUAACCGACUCCAGGGGAAAGUAUUCCCGAGACAUGCAAAUCUUACUAGUCUACAAUGGUUGUUGCUUGAUGGAAACAAUUUUAAUGGGAGUCUCGAGAAAGGUUUGUUGAACUCAAAGUAUCUAGCUCUGUUGGACAUAUCAGAUAAUAGCUUUUCCGGCACACUUCCAUAUUGGAUAGGUAAAUUCUCAUGCCUAUCCCAUCUAUACAUGAGGGGAAACAAGCUAAAAGGUCAGGUGCCUCAUCAACUACAAAAUCUACAGCUUGUGGUUUUAGACAUGUCAAACAACAGCUUUUCUGGUUCCAUUCCAAGGAAUCUUAAUGUUAAAUAUCUCAGAGAAUUAAGGCUACAUAGCAAUCAGUUUAUGGGCUCAGUUCCGAGCUAUUUAUUCAAGGCUAAGGUAUUACAGGUGCUCGAUCUGCGGCACAACAGUCUUUCUGGAACGAUCCUGAAUACUACUAUCGGAAAUACAUCUGACAUACGUGCUCUUCUUCUACAGAAUAAUAGCUUUCAGACUCAUAUCCCUGAGAAAAUAUGUCAGCUAAGUAUUGUUAGCCUCUUGGACUUAUCUCACAACAAAUUCAAAGGUGCCAUACCCUCAUGUUUUGGUAAAAUGUCUUUUGGUGCCCAAACCUACGACAGUAUAUUCAGGAUAUAUGGUUACGUAGUAGGGUUCCCGUUCGUCCAAAGUAGGAGCUAUACAUCAGCUCUUGACCUUCUUGAUAUCGAAGUAGGUGUUGAAGUUCAGUCAAAAGAAACUACAGUUAAUUUUCUAUCGAAAAGCAGAUAUGAAACAUAUCAAGGUGAUAUUCUUGGCUAUAUGAAUGGUCUGGAUUUGUCAAGCAACCAAUUAUCCGGUGAGAUUCCAGUUGAAGUUUGGGAUCUUCAGAACAUAAGAUCCCUGAAUUUUUCGAGCAACCACCUCAUCGGCUCCAUACCAGAUAGCAUUUCAAAUCUGAAGAAUUUGGAGAGUCUGGAUUUAUCUAACAAUAAGCUACAUGGAAACAUCCCUCCUCAGCUAGCCGAUCUCGACAGUUUGGGAUACUUCAAUGUCUCAUAUAACAAUCUAUCUGGUGAAAUCCCUUUCAAAGCCCAUCUUAUGACCUUUGAAGCAACAAGUUACAGAGGCAAUCCUCAUCUCUGUGGACUUCCUACUAGAGCUGUCAAAUGGGAAAGCCCAUGUCCAUUAGCCCAUAUCCGUUUGUCCAUUUAUAGUUUGUGGACAGAGAGUGACCAUGUCCAUUAA